AUGGUGGCGAGUACUCAGUCGGAUAUUGCUCUAACGCGGCUGCAGCAGACUGAGAGGCACAUCGAUCCAGAAGCAACUCAGCGUGAGAAUGAAAAGCUAUCCAUUGUCCAAGGUCAAACAAAUCCCCCAUUAUGGGAGGUGACGUUGAGCGAACUUCUAGAGCUUCAAUGUCUCCAACAUCGCGAUUCAGACUGCCUGGUUGUACCUUGGACAGAUACAAGAUGGACAUACGGACAACUCAAGGAGGAGAGUGAAAGACUAGCACGAGGUUUGAUCGCCAAAGGUAUUAAACAUGGAGAUUGUGUUGCUGUGAUGGCAGGGAACUGUGAGCAAUAUGUUUCCCUCUUCUUCGCUACAGCGGUUGUAGGGGCCAUUUUCGUGGUCAUCAACAAUAACUACACUGAAUCAGAAUUGUUGUACGCUCUAAAGCAUACAUCAUGCAAACUUUUAUUCAUCUCACCAAAUAUUGGCCGCCAUUCACUUGAAGAUACCAUCCACAAUCUUGAGAUACGAGAUCGAAGUCAAGUUCUUCCCAGCCUAGAACUUGUUAUUAUCAGAGGCCGGUAUUGCGGAAUCCAGACAUAUGAUGACAUUAUUAAGGAAGGCCAGGGUGUGUCUAAAAAGGCUGCUUACCGUUACUCUAAUACCGUCAGUCCAUAUGAUGUUUGCAAUCUACAAUUCACGAGCGGAUCAACAGGGGAUCCAAAGGCAUCGAUGUUGACGCACCAUAACUUGGUCAAUAAUUCUCGUUUUAUUGGCGACCGAAUGAAUCUCACUUCGUCUGAUACUCUCUGCUGUCCACCGCCACUGUUCCACUGCUUUGGUCUAGUCCUUGGGCUUCUCGCAUGUUUAACACAUGGCGCAAAGGUUGUAUAUCCUGGAGAGACGUUUGAUCCUGCAGCAGUGUUGAAAGCGAUAUCUCAAGAAAAGUGUACGGCUGUGCAUGGGGUCCCGACAAUGUUUGAAUCGAUUCUUAGCCUCCCUAAACCAGAAGGGUUUGAUUGCUCUCACUUGCGAACAGGCAUAAUAGCUGGGGCUCCAGUACCAUACACACUUAUGCAACGGCUAGUAAAUGAGUUGAACAUGACGGAGUUCACCAGCAGCUAUGGGCUAACUGAAGCAUCGCCAACGUGUUUCAACGCAUUUACCUAUGACUCUAUUGACCGAAGAUUGACUACAGUAGGUAAAGUUAUGCCGCACGCUAGUGCUAAAAUCAUUGACCCCAAGAGCGGCCGCACUGUUCGAGUAGGUGAACGUGGAGAGCUUUGUAUAAGUGGUUAUCAAGUACAUUACGGGUACUGGAGGAACCCAAAAAAGACAUCUGAAUCGCUCAUCCAAGACGAAGAUGGAAAAUUAUGGCUACGAACAGGAGAUGAAGCCUCCUUUGAUCUAGAUGGGUACUGCACGAUUACAGGCAGAUUCAAGGAUAUCAUUAUUCGUGGUGGCGAGAAUAUUUACCCUCUUGAGAUCGAGGAGAGGCUCGUUGCUCAUGAAGCUGUGGCUCGUGCUGCAGUAAUUGGAGUCCCUGAUCGUCAUUAUGGAGAGGUUGUGGGUGCGUUCAUCGAAUUUCAUGAUGGCCCUGCUGUUGUCAAAGGCCUACCAUCUGGCGAGGAUCUAAGAGAUUGGACUAGGAAGACAUUGGGUCGACAUAAAGCUCCGAAGUAUUUCUUCGUCUGUGGGUCGCAUAGUCUAAUUCCUCGUACACUUCCUCAAACCGGAAGUGGAAAAAUCCAGAAACAGGUCCUUCGCGAGCUGAGCUACACGUUGCUAGAGCAAGCCGAAAUACAAGCGACGCUGCAAUAG